CUGACCUGGAGUCAGUGCUGUCACUGCAGAGGAAGUGCUGAGGGAGAAGUACAGAGCGUCUCUCAGGACUCAUGUUUGUGACUGUGGCUGUCUGUAUACUGGUGUCAUUGCUGCCCAUGAAAGCGGAAUUUCACGCCUCUCGCCUCGCUGCGACAGAAGGAGGGACGGUGACUCUGAGGUGCAAGUUUCCGAGGGGGGACCACUCUGCUAUGCAGUGGCUUACGCCGAGGGGCUACGUGGCUUUCCUUAACGGGGAGAAAGUUCUAAAAGACAGAAGAUUCCAGUUAGUUCGGCACCUGCGGAAUACGCUAAUUAUCCGCUUAUCCAAUAUAACGAUCGCGGACAGCGGAGUUUACACGUGUUUUUACUUCAGUUCUCCGGUGCAGAGCCAGAAAGUGGAGGUUACCGUGUUGGCUGUCCCAUCCCAGCCUGUGAUAGAAGUCACUCAUAUCCCUGGGAGAGCCAGGAAGGAUGAAUAUGCCAUACACUGUCGGACAGUGGGAAGCUGGCCUUGUCCCAGGCUCACCUGGCUGGUGGACGGCAGCCACACAGAGGUGUUCGGUAAUAAGAAUAACACCAUUGACAGUGAUGGAAAGAGAUGCGCAGCCAGCAGUACCCUGCGGAUCAACGCGUAUACCCACACGUCAACCGCCAUAUGUGUUGUGAGACACAGAACGCUGUCCUCCGGAAACCUGACUGCAUCCUUUAUGUUCUCCGUGUUAUCGACAGUCACGGAAUCGCCGAUCACGCAGCGUGAAAUGACCGCACAGGCUUUUCCACAUUCCACAGAUGCUGCAGCCUCUGCUCCGUCCUCAGAGAGACGUCCGACACUGAGCCCUGACGCGCCGACGGGUGGCGCAGGCGAAGGCGCAUCUGCUGGGACUGUAACACUUACUGCAAUAGCAGAAAGAAAUACAUUAGGAUCGGAUAUUAUAGUCACAAGCGGACAUGGAACCACAGAAGCUGUAACUCUGAUCCUGUUACCAGAGGGAAACACAAUAUCGGGAACUGACGAGGACACAACAACAAAGGAUAAUAAGAAUAUCAGCUCAGACCUGGACGCUUUCAGGCGGAAAUCGGAUAGCACGCUCGUUCUGGUCCUGGUGUCUCUCAUGAUCUGUGUAUUGCUGGUCAUUGUACAUCUGUUCCUGAUGAAGCUGAAAAAGGCCCACUCAAUGUGGAAAAAAGAAAAUGAAACAUCUGAUCAGACGCUGGACAGCACGAAAUCCAAGUGUAAUGAGGACGCUACUGGUCAAGCGAAGAACGUCUGUCUAGUGACUACCUCGCAGAACGUGACAGGAAUACAGUAUAAUAACCAGGUGUCCAUCGACGCAGAGGCACCCUGCCAGCCCCCCACAGUGUGAAGAGCCCUUUCUGUCUUUUAAGUUAUAAUUUUAUCUACUGUAUGUGUUUUAUAUGUUGCUAAAUAUUCUGUACUUUUAAUAAAAUAUGUCAUAUAAACUA